AUGGUAUCUCAGCCUUCGCUCACUAAACGUGAAGUACUAUCACAGAUUGCGAAAUUGUUCGAUCCUGCUGGAUGGCUAGCACCUGUGAUAGUUCGAGCAAAGAUUUUCAUGCAAGAGAUCUGGCUACAAGAGCUGGGGUGGGAUGAUUCCCUGCCGGAAGAUCUCGUUCAACGUUGGCAUGACUUUCUUACCGACUAUCCCUCUCUCGAAGAGAUCCGUAUUCCAAGAUGGGUCGAUUUUCAGCAAAAGGCAAAGGUGCAGUUUCACGGCUUCUGCGACGCGUCCCAGCGCGCAUAUGGUGCUGCACUUUAUUUGCGCGUCGAGAUCAACGGAUGCAUCUCCACUCACCUUCUCGCAGCAAAAACGAGAGUCGCGCCAGUUAAGACGGUAUCACUACCACGCUUAGAACUGUGUGGCGCCGUUCUUCUUUCCGAGCUCACCACGGCUCUUAUUCCUCAGCUCCCCAUCCAGAGUAGAGAAAAUUUCAAUUGGACAGACUCCACUAUUGUUCUUGCCUGGUUGGAUAAACCUCCAUGCAAAUGGUCUACCUUUGUGGCUAACCGGGUAGCCAAGAUAACAUCAACCAAUGGCAAAUGGUCCCAUGUUCGAUCCGAACAUAACCCAGCUGACCUAGCCAGUCGGGGGGUUUCUCCUCGGGACCUAUUGGGCAGCACUUUGUGGUGGCAUGGACCGGAAUGGUUACAACUACCACAAGACCAAUGGCCAGUUCCUGUUACGGUACUUGAGACAGAGAUUGAACAACGCGCAGUGAAGUGCAAUGUCUCACAGCUACCCUCCUAUAACCUUCUGGAACGAUUCUCCAGAUUCGACAAGGCAUUGCGAGUUAUCGCAUAUGUCUGUCGCUUUAUCCAGCGCUGUAGAAAUCCAGCGAUCCACUUUCCCGCCGAGCUCCGUAAUGAAGAACUUACGAGAGUUCAGUUCCGACUUAUCGAGUAUACUCAACGCCAAGCUUAUCCUAAGGAGUAUAGCUGUUUGCUCGAUAAGAAGCCAAUUCAAGGAUCAAGCAGCAUUCGCAAUUUAACCCCUUUCAUCGAUCAAAGGGGUAUUCUGCGAUCCUGUGGACGGGUGAGAGCGUCAACUUCGUUAGGCUACGAUGAGCGGCACCCCAUAAUCAUUCCGGCCAAUUGUGAUUUUUCACGCCUCCUGGUCCGAUUUACCCACCUCAUUUGUUUUCACGGAGGCAAUCAGUUGGUAAUGCGCCUCAUAAGAGCAAAAUACUGGAUCCCAAAGCUCAAGGUCCUGGUAAAAUCGACCAUAAACUCCUGCAAGGUCUGUGUAAUACACCGCAGACGACUCCAGACCCAACUUAUGGGCGAGCUCCCAAGGGCGAGAUCAACCUUUUCCCGACCCUUCACACAUACGGGUGUAGACUUUGCCGGACCUUUCGAUAUUAAAAGCUACAUUGGUCGAGCAUGCAAAAUAACCAAGGGUUAUGUCUGUGUCUUCGUUUGUUUCAGCACGAAAGCAAUCCAUUUAGAAGCCACAACAGAUCUAACCACGGAGAGAUUCCUGGCCGCAUUUUCGCGAUUUAUCGCAAGACGUGGCCUUCCACAACAGAUGUACUCAGAUAAUGGGAAAACAUUUGUGGGAGCGUCAUCCGUUCUUUCGAGAGAUUUCUUGCAAGCAACCAAAGAACUCAUCUUAUCCAAGCAUAGCCAUCAAAACUUGUGUUGGCAUUUCAAUCCUCCUGGCGCUCCUCACAUGGGCGGAUUGUGGGAAGCAGGUGUCAAAAGCUUUAAGACCCACUUCUACAAAUCCACCACAUCCUCAAAAUAUACAUUUGAGGAGUUCGCGACUCUCCUCUCCAAGAUUGAAGCCUGCCUUAACUCCAGGCCAAUCUCUCCAAUGUCGGAAGAUCCGACUGAUUUAUUGGCUCUAAGUCCAGGCCACUUCCUAGUUGGUGGCCCUCUUCUGGCAACUAACGAGCCAGUAAUCAAAGAAGACGCUAUUUCGAUAAUUAACCGCUGGCAGCGACUCAAAGCGCUCCACCAGCAAUUCUGCUUCCGGUGGAAGAAUGAGUAUUUAAAAGAGCUCCAUAAGCGAAACAAAUGGCAGUUCCCUACAAGGGACCUCCAAGUCGGUGAUAUGGUGGUUAUCAAGGAAGAUAACCUACCAAUAAAUGAAUGGCGCCUUGGCCGAGUCCAGCUGGCUUGCCCAGGCACAGAUGAUAAGGUCCGCGUAGUGGACGUGCUUACCGCUCGUGGUGUCAUCCGAAGGCCAAUAGCCAAAUUGGUCCUUCUUCCUACUGAGGCAAAUAACACCACCGACUAA